AUGAUGAAAAGGGUAAACAAAGUGGGAAACAGUAGUUUUCUAAAAGAAGCAGACAAGAGAGGAAACAAAGUUGGAGGUGGCAAUGUGCCACGAGAAGCAAGCAAGAAAGGAAACAAAGUUGGAGACGACAAUGUCAAUGUUCUAAAGAAUGAUGGUGUUAAAAGUCCUAUUCCAAUCAACAUACAGAUUGAGGUCACUAAUGCCUCCACCCCUAGCACAGCCUCUAAUGAGGACCUGCUCGAUAUUGAACAAAGCCAUAAAAAAGAAACGCCUCUUAAUGGCAUUGACAACCCUGUGUUUACAACUAAGGGGGAGGUCAUCAUAUCUGGGAGUUCAGGGUCUGACAAAGCCAUUUCUAAUUUGGAUGACCUACCAAAUCCUGGUGUUCAUAAGAACACAGAUGCACUACCAAAACCUGACGUUCAUCCCCAUGUCAAUCAAAACAUUUUCAUUAAUGCUGAUGGUCUUAUCAGUCCACAUAUCCAUAUAAAUCCUGACGGACUUGUUGAUCCUGGACCCAAUGACCUUGACACCUUACAUGAUUCUGAUACUAUAUUGAAUCCAGAUGGAUUUGUAAAUCCAGUCUUUUCCAUAGAGACAGCUAGCUGUGAGACCAGUAGGCACAAUACACCAGAGAAAGGAUCAAGUCUGUUUAGUUUCAGUGACAAUGAUGUUAACCUUUAUAACCAGCAAACUGAGUCACAGAAUUCAAAGCAGUAUCUUACCCCGCCAUGUAAGGACAGUAGUUCUACCAUUGGUAGCAGCCUCACUGUUCCUGAGGUCACAGCAGGCUCUAGACGUCCAAGUGACCCGUUAACAUUUGUUCAGGAUGACAACUUUUCCCAGCUUCAGCCUUUGACUAUCUCUAAUGGGCUAUCAAAAUCUGAGGGUCGUCUCCCACCUCUCAGCCCAGGGUAUCUGUCUCCUAGUCCCUAUGACAGAUUUCAGGCCCCUCGUAGUCCAGGCUUACUCAGCACUAACUCAGCUUGGAGUGAACUUGCUAAAUUACAUUCACGACGUUCUUCAUAUGGAGACUAUGCAGAUGAUAGAACCAACAGUAACAGUGUGUCUGUUGUCAGCAGUAGCCUUAGUGAACAUCUCCACCAGUUGGUGCGCGCAUUCUCCAGCCGAACAGAACGAGUCAAAGAGACGACCAUCCAACCCCCCACACCUUCUUCUCAGGACGAAUACGACGCCUACUCUGAUGCUAACUCAGCAAUCUCAGCUACAGAUGAACCAGAACAGAGACAACAUCGUUUGGACUCUUUCAUUCCUGUACAUCUGCGUGAACGUGGACCGUUGGGUCAGUCUGACGAUGGAAAACUGGAUGAAUAUUUCCUUGAAUGUGGAUGUUGUAGAAUGCGUCUGCCGUCCUGGCUGAAAAACCCUUGUAGUAUCCCACGGAGGCUGGAGCCGCAGAGUAAGCUGUACAUGACCUGGCUGUUCCUGGUAACACUGUGCUUCAUGUACAAUGCCUGGGUCAUCCCAUUGCGUGGUAUCUUUCCAUAUCAGAACUCCUCCAACCUUAUUUACUGGCUCAUCUGUGACUAUACUUGUGACGCUAUCUACAUUCUAGAUAUCCUGUUGGUUAAACCUCACCUCACCUAUCUGAACAGUGGUUUAAUAGAGACUGAUCCCACGUUAAUGAGAAAGAAUUACAUGCAAAAGAGAAUGUUUAAGUUUGAUGUGUUGUCCUUGUUACCACUGGACCUAUUCUACCUGCUGCUGGGUGUCGUACCUUGGUUUAGACUACCACGUCUUCUCAAGAUACAGACAUUUUGGGAGUUCUAUCAGAGAUGUGACCAGGCCGUCAAAUCUGCUCAUGUACUGAGAAUCAUAAAGACGAUGACAUACAUGUUGUUCCUGAUCCACCUUGAGACCUGUGGUUACUAUGCAGUGUCGGUGUACGAGGGAAUCGGUUCUAAUCGCUGGGUCUAUAAUGGUGAAGGCAUUGCGUAUAUAAGGUGUUUUUACCUGGCAACAAAGACUGCUACCUCCAUCGGCAACAACCCAAUCCCCACCAAUAAACUGGAGUACAUCUUCAUGACAAUAUACUGGGUCUCUGGAGUGUUUGUCUUCGCUCUUCUCAUUGGUCAGAUACGCGAUAUUGUGGAUGCAGCAGGCCGUGCAAAAUCCCAGUAUGACAAGAUGAUGGAUGACGCUCUUAGAUAUGUCAAGAACCUUAACUGCCCUAACGAUACACAACAUAAGGUGAGGACCUGGUUCCUCUACCAAUGGGAGCAACAAAAAAUCUCAGAUGAGAAGAAGUUGAUGGACUGGCUACCUAAGAACCUUCGUACAGACCUGGCCAUUCAUGUUCACUUCAAUACUCUGUCCAAAGUGACCUUGUUCCAGGAUUGUGAUAAAACUCUCCUAUUUGACCUCGUCCUCAAACUUAAACCAAUCCUCUUCCUACCAGGAGAAUAUGUCUGCAAAAAGGGAGAGGUGGGAAAAGAGAUGUACAUUGUUAGUCAAGGUCAAGUGGAAGUCGUUGGAGGACCUGAUGGUACUACAGUUCUUGCCACACUUAAAGAGGGAAGUGUAUUUGGUGAAAUCAGUCUGCUGGCCAUUGCUGCUGAUGGAAAUCGCCGGACAGCUGAUGUCAGAUGUAAGGGUUUUACAAACCUCUUUAUCCUCAGCCAAACAGAGUUUGAAGAUGCCAUGGCUGAGUACCCCGAGGCACAUAAGCUUCUGAAAAAACGGGCCAGAAAAUUAUUACGACAAAAUGCAAAGUUGUCAACAAAAAGUCUUGGUUCAACUGAGAGUUCCAAGGUUGAAGUAGAACCUAUCAUACAUACACCUACUAGAGAUUCGGAAACACCUAAACUGUUUAAAACAGUCUUACAGAAAAUGGAACAGACAUACAAGAUGAUGGACCCAGAUUCCUCUGUUGCCAAACGCCUGGGACCUAUGUCGUCUGAUCACAAGGAGCAUGCUGAAGAAAACACCAACAACAGGCCAGACCAGAUUGUUGACAAGCCUUUGCCAGAUGCAGAUGAAGCAGAGGAUUUCUACAGCCAGAUGCUUGAAGCAGAGCUAAUGGAUCAAGAGACAUAUGAAUCUGGGUUGGCUGAAUCAGAGAGAGAACAGCUGCUACAUACUGACACACUAAACACUAAUGAAAAUGUGCUCAAUACAGACCCAGGAGAACAGAUGCCUAAAAAUGGCAGUCGACCAGAAAGUGUAUCCAAGACCAACGGCAUCCACAGUAAUAAAGAACCAUUUGUCAGCCCAAAGCUCACUGGAAACUACGAGGAAACUUGUAACUGGGUUAUCAAGCAGGCCCUCUCUACACCGGAGGUUGUAAAAACCAGGCGUCAUAGUCGUGUCGAGGAUGAGGCACAAGUAAAAAAGAUUGUAGAGGUACUGACAAAACAGAAUCAUGUGGUGGGUGUGAAUAGAAAGGAUGAGGUGGAACUGAUGUCUUCAUUUUUUGAGGAGGAUGAGCCAUCAGUAAGUGUGCGUAGAGGUGAUCAAGAAACAGCAGAGAACAAUUCACGGCCAAAAGCUGAAGUUAGUGAAAAGUGUGAAGUUGACAAGAAAGGAAAAAAUACACAAACCAUUCAAAAUGUGACAUGUGAAGAUCAAGUGAAAAAGAAUGUACCUCCAGUGAUGCAAGUCGAUGAUAAAAAUAGCACUCCAGGGAUAACUAUUGGUUCGCCUGAUAAUGAGAAGAGAGAUGAUAAUUCUGGUGGAGUUAUUGUCAAAAAUGAUAAGGAGGCUCAAGAUAAGACUACAAGUAACAAUGAUGGGGCAUCAGUAACGAGCAACAAGGACACUGGUAACACAUCAAGUAAAACGGAUGUCUCUCAAGCUAACAAGGACACUGGUAACACAUCAAGUAAAACGGAUGUCUCUCAAGCUAACAAGGACACUGGUAACACAUCAAGUAAAACGGAUGUCUCUCAAGCUAACAAGGACACGACAAAUAGUAUGAGUAACAGUACAAGUAAGGCCACAAGUAGUAUUGACAAGAUUAUAGGUAAUAGCAUUGUUGAUCCCACCAGGAGGAACAAUGAAGCUACUAAAGCUAUACAUAGUAGUGAUGUCGGUAAUGCUGCAAAGAACAAUGGGAUGUGUAAGUCAGCUAGCCAUGAGACUUUGGGUCAGAUUGGUAUGGACAAAAAAGCAGCUACAGAGGGCAUGCUGAGGAGCACACAUCCAUCUUCAGCAUCUAUCACCUGUAUUUCAGGAGAUCAUGAUCAGAACAAUGAGGUAUUGUUAAAUUCCCUAAACUCGGAUAUUGACCAUCGGAAGUUUGUUAGUAAUCAAGGUCAAAGGUCACCUGGCGAGCAUGAACAGCCUAAAGGACCUGAGGUCCAGAUGAACGGCAUUCCCUUACAGAACCAGAUCACCUGCUCGGUGGAGAUUCACCGUGAGAAAAGUCUCACUCCUGUCUCUCUCAAAGACUGGAUAGAUGGGGCUCAUGCCAAGCCACGGACAGAAAGUAUCAACUCCAUCACCAAGGACAUCACCUUACAAGAGUCUAGUGUAUAACUCUAUCUACUUGUAAAUUGAUUGAGACAAAUUGUUUUAUUUUAAUACAUUCCUGCUUGAAGCUAAAAUUUUAACAGCAAGAAUUUAUAUCUCUGAGCGAAUCAUUUGAUUUGGAAUGGAACAAGUUCAGGUGUUACAGGUAAUUCAGCUACAGUACUGUGAAGGUUGUUGAUUUACGAUACCAAAAGUUGAAAGCGAAAUGGAUUUAUUUUUCUGCAGAAUCAUGUAAUAGAUUGUUAUUUCUCUGUCAGUUUUGUGGGGGUUUUUUUUAGUUUUCUUUUUUUUUUUACUUCUUAUUCCAUCCUUGAAAAUGACAGCUUUAUGGUGUAAAGAAAGACAAUGACCUCAGAUUUCAGGUCAGCUACAUAGCUGUUCUCUAGAUAUAAUGUAAAUAUAAUUGUUCUUUAUUCACAAGGUGUACACUGUUAUAUUAUUUAUAUGUCUAGAGAAUUGUAAAUCUAAAUUCCUGUCAAUAUUUUAUCUGUUCAAAUUGCCUUAAUGAAACCUUACAAUAAAACAGGAAAAGACUCCUAAACAUUACUAGAAAGUCAGUGACAUUCACUACUACAUGUAUGAUCAUUUACUCAAAAUUUGAUGUUUCAGACAGCCCUUUUGGUCAGAAUUCCAACAUGGGAUAAAUAAGAUAAAGAUGAUAUACAUAAACAUAACAUGAAUAAAAUUUGACAAGAUUGGAUAUUUCUUUCUCAUGAUGGUAUGAUUUGAAAUUAGCUGUUUUCUCUAUUUUGGGAGAAUUUUCCCAUGUUUUAAGUCUUCUUUCUUUAUGGGGAAUUUGUUAAUAUUCCAAAGGGAAAACACCAUUUUGGGGAAUACUUGCCAUUCCUGGUAGUAAAUAAAAAUAAUUUAUCACUGGUUUAUGUUUAUAACCUUGGUAUAUUAGGAUUACAGAAUUGGAAAUGUAGCCAGGAUACUGAACAGUUUUCCCUUCUCAUCAAUGAUUUUUUAAAUUAUAGUGGUAAUACAUUAUAUCAAAACUGUACACAAGUGUACAGUUUAUUUAAUAUCUAAUGAACAUGAUGAAAUCAGACAUUUUCAUCAUAGUUACAAGCCUCUAAUGAACUUAAAAAAAUUAUAAGAAAUGAU